AUGAGCGUAGGGACUCCGGACGAGAGCCUUCCUGCUGUUCUGGCCGGGCUUCCCCCAAUAUUCAUACUGCCCACUCAUCUCCCCCUGGAUCGGCUCCAUGAACUUGAGCGCCGCUUGGUGGAUAGCGGCGGUAACUUGACCUACGAAAUUGCAGAGGCAGGCCUGAUCCUGGGAAAAAUUGCCCACAAGAAGCGAGUAGUACUGGAACUGCGGGCACGGAACUUGUGGACAGAAGAGGUCGUCUGUGCGACCCAAGAGCCCCAUGCAACCAGCAUGGAAAGCAGACAUGGAAGUGAGCAUGAAAGGAAACGCCAGCGCGUCGCGACGUCGGAGACUCUCUCCAUGUCUGAUCCAGAGACUGUGCCCCGAGGCCCCAGCUACGAGGGAGAGAGCAAAGGCGCGGACCGCAGUCGACAGGAUCCUGCCGGUCAUGUCAAAAAUGGCGAUAGGCGAGGCAACAUAGUGACUGUUCUGAAGAUUGACUGGCUGGUGCAAUCGGUUGAAGCUGGAAAAGCUCUCCCGUGGAUACCCUUCCUGGUGUAUCAAGGCCAGAUGAUAGCAAGCUCUCGACCGGCUGCAGCGACCCCGCCGCCACGUCCCAAAGAUCGACCACAGGCGAAUGAUGCCUUACAAGCUCCAGGACCACCAAGAAACUUCCUGCCACGGAGACCCAAGGGGCCCCACGGCAUGCAAGGCCCGCCACAUCUUUUGAGACAAACAACAUCCGAAGAGGAGAACCCCCCUCCCCCUCUGCCUGAUUGGGUUCGGGACCAAGUCCUUUAUGCGUGUCUCCGCUCCACUCCGCUGGAAACGCCCAAUGAAGAUUUCAUCUCCACUCUUCUGAAAAUCCGCCACAUUCGUGAGUUGACCCUCGACGAGAUCGGCGUGCGAGCUUAUAGCACCUCCAUUGCCGCUGUGGCAGCAUAUCCAUAUAAGCUCAGCCGGCCAAGUGAAAUCCUCGCUCUUCCCGGCUGUGAUUCCAAAAUCGCCAACCUGUUUUUGGAGUUCCAAAGCAAUGAAGGACGCGGUGUUGCGGCCGCAGACGCUCUCGAAGCAGACCCCACCCUGCGAUACUCUCAACCAUUUCUCCCAAAUUUGGGGGUGGGCGCAAAGACCGCCAGAGAAUUCUUUUAUCGCCGAGGCUGGAGGGAUCUUAACGACAUCGUCGAACACGGCUGGGACACACUCUCCCGUGUCCAACAGAUCGGGGUCAAAUACUAUGACGAACUCCAAAUCGGAAUCCCACGGGCCGAGAUAGAGUCGAUCGCCCGCGUCGUCCAAGCGCAUGCUAACAAAGUGAGGCCGGGAAUAGACGGAGAUAUCGAAUGUAUCCUGGUCGGAGGCUAUCGCCGGGGCAAGGAUCCAUGUGGCGAUGUGGAUCUCAUCUUAUCCCAUCCUGACGAAAUCUGCACGCGGAAUCUUAUUGUUGAUGUCGUUGCCAGUUUGGAAAAGGCACAGUACAUUACGCAUACCCUUUCUCUCCACCUCACCACCACCAGUCGUGACCAGCAAACUCUGCCAUACCGAGGCGAGGGAGCAGGGCAUCAUUUUGAUACGUUGGAUAAAGCAUUGGUGGUCUGGCAAGAUCCGGGUCGAGCUGGCGAGGCUCACGGUUCCCGCAGCAUGAGCUCGAACCCUCAUCGCCGCGUCGAUAUUAUCAUUUCGCCCUGGCGUACCGUCGGCUGCGCGGUCCUCGGGUGGACUGGCGAUAAAACAUUCGAGCGCGACUUGCGCCGGUAUGCGAAGAAGGCCCAUGGCUGGAAAUUUGACUCGAGUGGUAUCCGGGAUCGUGUCGUAAAUGGCCAGGUCCUGGACCUCGAGCACGGCGGCAGAACAUGGAGGAACGAGAGAAACUUGUCAUGGAAAAGGUGGGGAUAG